CAGCAGCUCAGUUCUCUGGGUGGGAAUGCUGCACAGCUAAACCCUGAAGACGCCAGUAUAUGCUCUGAAUGGCAGACAAACACACAUUGGGAGAAGAUUGGAUUAACUUGGCUGCUCCCCUCUUGGUUCGUAAUGUUUAUACAGCCAAUAUCGCCAGGGAUGAAGCGGGAGGCAAAGAACAGUGGCCCAGAGCUGUAGCUCGCAAAUGGAUGCUAGUGUUAUUUGUUGGUACAUGCCUGCUCUACUGCGCCAGGAUGACCAUGCCUGUCUGUGCAGUCUCAAUGGCAGCCACGUUCCACUGGAGCAAGAUCGAUACUGGUCUUGCUCUGGGUGGAUUCUUCUGGGGCUACUCUUGCACACAGAUUUUAGGAGGACAUGCAAGUGACAAAAUUGGAGGGGAGCGAGUUCUUAUCUUCUCAGCAGCAUCAUGGGCCGUGAUCACAGCCGCUACGCCCCUUCUGGCCCACCUAGGCUCUCACACCUUGGCUCUAAUGACCAUGGCCAGAGCCCUCAUGGGACUAGUGCAAGGUGUCUUUGUCCCAUCUUUGGCCAGUCUGAUUGCACAGCGUGCAGCAGAAGGAGAAAAUGGCUUUUUAAUGAGCAUCAUUCAAAGUGGGAGCUCUCUUGGAAUAUUGAUGGCAGGUGGGCUGGGAUCGCUAAUGUUGGACUUGUACAGCUGGGAAAGUGCAUUCUAUGCUGUUGGUUUUCUGUCUGGACUCUGGGCACUCGUUGUUUGGCAGUUCUUAUUAAAAGGUAAAUCUUAUCCAAAACAGAAGCAAAGAAACAACGGCUCACACUCAAAGAGUUUUUCAAUGUCCUAUUUGCUGAGUCUCCUGAAGAAGCCAUGUGUCUGGGCUAUGGUUUUUGCUCACCUGUGCACAUGUGGCACUUCCUACAUUUUACUGUCGUGGAUGCCAACAUACUUCAGUGAAGAAUAUCCUCAAGCUGAGGUGUGGGUGUACAAUGUGUUUCCUUGGCUAGCAGCAAUUCCAGCUGCUCUUUGGGGUGGAUAUGUUUCAGAUUCACUCAUCAGCCGAGGUUACAGUGUUGUGUUUGUGAGAAAGAUGAUGCAAUUCAUUGCCAUGGGCGCCUCUGGUGUUUGUGUCAUGCCACUGGCUGGGAAGGUCUCGUUUCACAUGGCGGUGAUCUUAAUUUCUGCAGCUAUGGUUUCACUUUCCUUAACCAGCAGUGGUGCGUCUGUCAACGUCCAGGAUCUCACACCAUCGUGCGCUGGUGCCCUCUUUGGUUUUAUGAAUAUGUUGGGGGCUUUCAUGGGGGUGGUGAUGGUCUCAGUAACUGGUUACUUGAUUGAGGUCACCCAUUCAUGGGCCGCAGUUUUCUUCCUCAUCACCGGCGUCCACGUUGUAGGUCUUGUAGUCUUCCUUUGGUUUGGAGACGCACAACGUGUGGACCUAGAAAAUCCCAAGUCGUUCACCAGAGGACCUAGUUCAGUAUAAUACAAGUAUGUCUCACGUCGAUUUAUGAACCAACACAUCUCCACACUAGUGUUUACUGUUGCCUAAUGGGAACAAUAGCUUUGCAAAUUAAAAGUGCACAUAAUAAUUGUAAGGAUGUUUAUGUUAGAAAUCAUAUUUGUUAUGUGCAAUCCAAAUGCACAUUGUGUUGCAUUUUUUUUAUGUGUGAAAAGCGCUUAAUAAAGUUUGAUUUGAUUUGAGUUUGGAAAAUAUCAUCUGCUUAAUGAGUGGUGUAUAAACAAAGACCUGAGAGCAAUUUUCCCUUAUCUGUCCUAAGAUAUACAACUUUCCUAUGUGUCUUUCUCUACAGAUAUCAUUUUAGUUUGUUUGUAUGGUUUUGUUGUGAAACUAUCAUACUUUGCACUUUUGAGUCAUUGUAAUGACUCUAUGUACGGUUGGCGAAUAUGAACUUGAUCAAUAA